ACUUGCGAACCUGAAUCAGCUGUUGGUUAGGCCUCUUUGUACUCAGUUCAAGUCUCAGGUGGAUUGAGUUGCUUGAGUGAACCCAUCAUGAUUUCCGUUGAAUCUCCAGAACAGCAAGAGGAAUGUGUCAGGAUUAUUUAUAAUGAAUUGGCACCAAGGUUCAAUGAGUUUGGUUCGACCGUUCUUCAUGAGCAGAUUCAACCUGUGGUUCAACAUGCCUUGGAUUCUUCCACCAAAGAAGUGGAUGAGAAUCAGAUUGGAGGUCCGGAUGGUCGACGAUUCCAGUUCACGGAUACAAAUUUAGGGGUCACUCCGCCCAGAAUCUCGGACAUAAGGGCCCAUUCCAGGUCACAUUCAGACGACGGACAGAAGAAGGAUGCCGUGAUAGUGGAUUUCAAGGUUUCUUACCUGGGGGAUUGCAACCUUCAAGUUCGCUUAUUGGGCAUUCGUGGUGGAGUCAGAGAUGUUCAAAUUGAAGGACGAGCUCGUUUGGUUAUGACGCCAACCCUUGGCACCCUUCCGUUUGUGGGUGGGUUCCAAUUGUGUUUUUUGGAUGAGCCUAAGAUCGAUUUCGAUAUGGAGGGUCUAGCAAACAUUUGUGAUUGGCCAGGCCUCCGAAGAAAGGUGAGGAAAGAGAUCUUGGAAGACACUGCCAAACGUUGCGUGUACCCGAAUCGUAUUAGUAUUGGAAUGGGUGUGGCUCAAGCAGAUGUGAGAUUGGUCAAAGGCUUCAAUCCUGAAGGAGUCCUUUUUGUUCGAGUGGUGCGUGCUAGCGACUUGCCUAAGAAAGGUGGAUUCAGAUCUUUGAUCAACCAAGAUAAACCGGACACAUACAUCAAAGUGUCUCUGGGUGCAAUGCAUCACUUGACUUCUGUGGUGAAGAACGAUUGCAACCCAGAAUGGCCAAUUGAGCAAUGGGCCGAAUUUCCAUUGGAGACCAUGGAGGGUCAUUAUGUGAUUCUGAAGGCCUACGAUGAAGAUUCAUUGUCCAGGGAUGAAUUUUUGGGACGAUCAGCCCUAACUGUCAAGGACAUUCUGCUCGAACCUUCGGUGACCACCUCAUUUAUUGGAGACGAGAGUGAAAAAUCCAAGUACGAUGAGGUGUCUGGGGACGUUACCAUCGAAGCUCGUUGGAUGCCCUUUUUCCCUGAAGGGCCACAUGAGUCGAUCUUGCCCAAUCAAGGUUCAGUGGCAUAUUGCUCAGUGUUCAUUUACUCUGUCAAUAACCUGAUUGAAAAUCUCAACUUGGCCAGCUUGGAAUCUGGUCUCCCGACAACGCGAUUGGUGAUUGCUUACGGCGAGAAGAAGUUUAAAAGUUCUUGGGAAAAGAACGAUCCUCAUCCUCGAUACGAGACCGGGGGUCAUUUCUUGUUAAAAUACCACGAAAUCGAGGACAGCGGAGUUGUUACAGUGUCUAUCGUAACCAAGGAUGAUGUUGUGAUGAGUGAAGUUAGCUUGCCCAUUCAAGCCAUGAUUCACGAGCCUUUGAGGAAAAAGAUGGUUCAGAUCGAACCCGACCUGAAACCUCAUCUCACCAUGACUUUGUCGGCGGAUGUGAAAUUCCUCCGAAUGUGAUUUUUUAAAAUGACUUUUAUCUUAUUGCUUUAAUGUUUGGCCUCCAAUUCUGCUAACAUCUUUAACCAUGAACUAACAUAGAAAUACGAAAGUCUGUUUUUAUUUACAAAUAAAGUUAUUUACCAGUACACACA